AGGAAGUUUGUUGUAUACUGGUCCCUUACAUUUGAGCAUGUUUGCGGCUUCUGAAGUAAAGAAUUUUCAAGCCGGGAUACAGCCUAACAAAAUGGAGCCGGACAGCUGUCAUCGAACCAGAGAGGUUGAAGGGAUAGCUCUCAAUCUAGGAGAACUUGAUUUAACAUCAGAUGACUUCCUACUAGAAGAGGUGGAUGUUCAUAUUCAAGAAAAUUUAGAAGAUGAGUUUGUAAAGGAAGCAUUAAAGACUGGAGUUGAUCUACGACAAUAUUCUAAACAGAUAGAGUCAGAAUUACUUCAGGUAGAAAAUGCUUCGAUACAGGACUAUAUCAAGGAGAGUGAGAAUAUUGCCAGCCUCCAUAAACAGAUAGCAGCUUGUGAUACCAUACUAGAGAGGAUGGAGGAGAUGUUGAAUGGUUUCCAGUCUGAUCUUAGCAGUAUAAGUACUGAGAUACAGUCACUACAAGAACAAAGUAUAGCCAUGAAUGUCAAGUUGAAGAAUAGACAGUCAAUACGUGGGGAGCUCAGUCAGUUUGUAGAUGAAAUGGUUAUACCAGAAUCAAUGAUCAAUCAUAUAUUGGACACACCAGUGACAGAGAGGGAGUUUCUAGAGCAGUUACACGAGCUCAAUCAUAAGAUAAACUUUGUGAAAGAACAAUCAUUUAGGGAUGCUAAAUCAUGUCUAGAUGUGAGAGAUAUUCUGGAAAAACUUAAAAUAAAGGCCAUUGCUAAAAUUAGAGAAUUCCUUCUAAUGAAGAUUAAUUCAUUCAAAAAACCAAUGACUAACUAUCAAAUUCCUCAGGACACCAUGUUGAAAUUUAGGUUCUUCAAUGAGUUUUUGAUGACAAAUGAGAGGCAUGUUGCUAAGGAAGUUCGAGAUGAAUACAUGGAUACGAUGAGUAAAAUCUAUUUCUCCUAUUACAAGGGCUAUCUUAGCAGGUUAAUGAAACUGCAAUUUGAGGAAGGGGCAACAAAAGAUGAUCUGAUGGCAGUGGACGAGACUGCAAAGAAAGGUUUUUUCACUAGUAAGAGCACAUUAAAGAACAGAUCAACAGUGUUUACAGUAGGUAACCGUGGUGACGUUCUGACGACCGAGUUAGAAGCUCCAAUCAUUGUACCUCAUGCUGCACAAAAAUCUGAAAACAGGUACACAUUUGAGAGUUUAUUCCGCAGUCUACAUUUUGCACUGAUGGAUAAUGCCUGUAGGGAGUACUUGUUCCUCACUGAUUUCUUUAUGGCGUCGGGAACUUCUGCGAUAGAUUUGUUUAAUACGGUGUUUGGUAAAACACUCUCAAUAUAUCUGAAAUCCAUGGAAGAGCAUAUAAAUGAAUGUUAUGAUUCCAUCGCCAUAUUUCUGUCAAUUCAUAUAGUACACCGGUUCCGUUCUAUCAUGGAAAACAGAGGGGUACCAGCACUUGAAAGAUACUGGGAUAGUGUGUUACAUGUAAUGUGGCCUCGUUUUGAAUAUAUUCUUGUCCUCAAUAUUCAGAGUGUCAGAGACUGUGAUCCCGAAAAGUUAGGCCAUAUUGAUGUCAGACCUAAUUACAUAACAAGACGAUAUGCAGAAUACUCAGCGGCAAUCCUUGGUAUCAACCAGUCCUACCCGGAUGAAAGAGCAGACAGAAUUCUAGGACAGCUACAGACCGAAGUAGAAAAUUUUAUCUUAAAACUGGCGGCAGAGUUCCCACACAGAAAAGAACAGCUUAUCUUCCUGAUCAACAACUAUGACAUGAUGUUGGGCGUUAUUACAGAAAGGACAACGGAAGAUUCAAAGGAGUCUGAGAGUUUUAAAGAAUUGCUGACAGCACGUACACACGAGUUUAUUGAGGAGGUUCUUACGCCACAUUUUGGCGGAAUGAUCAUGUUUGUUAAAGAUCUUGAAGGUCACAUAGAGCGUGGAAAUAUGGAGGCUCUACGUAAUGAAGAACAAAGGGUUACACAGCUUGUGAGAGGUUUUAACAGUGACUGGAAGCGUGCACUAGAAUAUAUAAACCAAGAGGUGAUGAGAUCUUUUACCAACUUUAAAAAUGGAACACAAAUAUUACAGGGAGCUUUAACACAGUUGAUACAGUACUACCAUAGAUUCCAGAAAGUAUUGAACCAGGGACCACUACGUAAUCUACAGAUACGAAAUGAACUCAUCAAUAUUCAUCAUGUGAUGGUUGAAGUGAAGAAAUAUAAACCUACGUUCUGAUUGGUUUAAAAAGUCAACACUUUUCUCAUCUUUACAGUCCUGUUUAUUUUAUGCCAAACUAAAAGAAAGUGCAAGGAUGCCAACUGUAUAUGCCCCGUGCAAGGAUGCUAACUGUAUAUGCCCCCACAAUGGGGGCAUUUAGUUUUGCCCUUGUCCAUCAUGCUGUGGAAUUUGGGGGGAUAUGUGUCCUAUGAACACAUUUCUAGUUCCGAUAUUGUUAGUAAUCUUGACUUACCCAGACUGAUGAAUUAAACACUCAAAAGUUAAAAUAUUAUUUUAUGGUUAUUUAUGAUAUUCAAAUUCAAAAUUAUUUCAUUCUUUAUAUUAUGUAUUAAACCAUUAUACUGUAAUUAUCAUUCCAAGUAAAAUAUUGUACAUCCUGUUAUUUAAAGCUGCAUUUUAUAAAUUUUGUAAAAAAAAAAUUAUGUAAAAACAGAAACAGCUACAUUUCAUUAAUAAAAUGGGUUUUAUAUCUAAUACCAUUCUUAUUUUGGUGUGCAGACAACCAAAAUGAGCUUUAUGAGCAUAAAUGUCUGCAACCUCAUUGUGGCGAUAUGAAAAGAUAUAAAUUUGCA